CUAAUUAUCUCUAGUUCUUAAUCAUUGAUUUUUUAUUUUUUCCGACGCAGUUUUGCAAAAGAAUAUUUUCGCUGCUGAAAAUUGGGAGUUGAAGUUGUAGCGUCUAAUUAAAAAAAGUUAAAACAGAAUUUUGCGAGCAUGGGUGACAAUGAACAAAAGGCUUUGCAGCUUAUGGCUGAAGCUGAAAGAAAAUUGACUCAACAAAAAGGAUUUCUUGGUUCCCUUUUCGGAGGUUCUAACAAAGUUGAAGAGGCGAUAGAAAAUUAUCAGCGGGCUGGAAAUAUGUUUAAAAUGUCAAAGAACUGGACAAAAGCAGGUGAAUGUUUUUGCGAGGCAGCUAGCCUGCACUCAAGAGCCGGAAGCCGUCAUGACGCUGGUACUUGCUUUGUUGAUGCUUCAAAUUGCUAUAAGAAAGUUGAUAUCGAAAGCGCAGUAUCAUGUUUAUUAAAAGCCAUAGAUAUUUAUACAGAUAUGGGUCGGUUUACUAUGGCUGCUAAACAUCAUCAAAGCAUUGCUGAAAUGUAUGAGAGUGAUCCUAAUACUUUGGCUAAAGCAAUUCAGCAUUAUGAACAGGCUGCCGACUAUUUUAAAGGAGAAGAGUCAGUUAGCUCAGCUAACAAAUGUAUGCUAAAGGUAGCACAAUAUGCCGCCCAAUUAGAGGACUAUGAAAAGGCAAUUUCAAUAUACGAGCAGGUGGCUACGUCAUCGCUUGAAAGUUCGCUACUUAAAUAUAGUGCGAAGGAGUACUUUUUUCGUGCUGCUCUUUGCCAUCUCUGUGUUGAUCAAUUAAAUGCCCAACAUGCUAUCGAAAAGUAUUCCAAUCAAUAUCCAGCAUUCCAAGAUUCUAGAGAAUAUAAAUUAAUAAAGGCUCUUUGCGAACACCUCGAAGACCAAAAUGUUGAGGGCUUCACCGAAGCUGUUAAAGAAUAUGAUAGCAUCUCGCGUUUGGAUCAGUGGUACACGACAAUAUUGCACAGAAUUAAAAAGGCCGCUAAUGAUAUGCCAAAUUUACAAUAAAUUGUAAAUAAGAUGCCGUCAUUUAGUCUAAUUAUCCAAUUAUUCAUAUGAAAUGAAUCCAAAUGUUAUCGAUCCAAUUAAUUACUAUUCACGGUCUAUUUCAGAGUCUACCCAAGUAAUAAGGAACUUUGCUUUUGCAUACUAAAUAUAACUUGAGCUUUACCAAAAUAAGUUUUUCAAAUGCAUGCCAAAACAUGCUCAGUGAAAUGCUUUAAAAUUGGGAAAAUACUACUUCACGCUAUAUUAAUUUUAUGUAGUAAUGAAAUUUGGAGAACUCUCGCAAUAACUAAACAUGAUAUGAUUCAUGAUUAAUUGCAAGUUAAUAAUCUUGAUGCGGUUUAUGCUCUAAAUAUAUUACAUUUUGAAAAUUAAAGCUUUUAUCAAAUACUAAAAUAUCACGAUAGUUGUAGACAUUAAAAGUUUUUCGUAACAAUUAAUAAUAUUGAAAUAUAUUAAAGCAUAUAAAAUGA